GAAGUAGUCUCCCGCGGGCGCGGCCCUGGGCGCGGCGCUGCAGGUGCGGCUCAAUGUGGCGCGGGCCGGCGGCAGGUGCAGAGGAGGGGGGUGGCAGCAGGUUGCAGGACUCACCCCAGAGCAGAACCUCUCCAUCCAGGAGAAGCGUGGGAGGCCUCCAGGCCACCCGCCAUGUGACAGUUGAGGACUUCAGCUUGCAGAAAGCAGAAGUGAGCUCACUGCUCCGUACUCCAGGAAAUCAGUCUGGCUGUAGGGUGACCCAGCUCCUCUGCUACCAUGAACAGGGCUUCUCUGAAGCGGUCAAAGAUUCUGCACAUGGCACUGAUGGGGACUUCCGACCCCUCCGGAGAGGCGGAGGCCAGCCACGAGAAGCCCUUUGUGCUGCGGGCACUGCAGAUCGCUCUGGUAGUCUCUCUCUACUGGGUCACGUCCAUCUCCAUGGUGUUCCUUAACAAGUACCUACUGGAUAGCCCCUCCCUACGACUGGACACCCCCAUCUUCGUCACCUUCUACCAGUGCCUGGUGACCGCGCUGCUGUGCAAGGGCCUCAGCUCACUGGCCACCUGCUGCCCUGGUACCAUGAACUUCCCCACCCUGCGCCUGGACCUCAGGGUGGCCCGAAGCAUCCUGCCCCUGUCGGUGGUCUUCAUCGGCAUGAUCACCUUCAAUAACCUCUGCCUCAAGUAUGUGGGUGUGGCCUUCUACAACGUGGGGCGCUCACUCACCACCGUCUUCAAUGUGCUGCUCUCCUACCUGCUGCUCAAGCAAACGACCUCCUUCUAUGCCCUGCUCACCUGCAGCAUCAUCAUUGGUGGCUUCUGGCUUGGUGUGGACCAGGAGGGUGCGGAGGGUACCCUGUCUUGGACGGGCACCCUUUUCGGCGUGCUCGCCAGCCUCUGCGUCUCACUCAACGCCAUCUACACCAAGAAGGUGCUCCCGGCGGUGGACGGCAGCAUCUGGCGUCUGACUUUCUACAACAACGUCAACGCUUGCGUCCUCUUUCUGCCCCUGCUCCUGCUGCUGGGGGAGCUCCCGGCCCUCUACAACUUCCCCCAGCUGGGCAGCGCCCACUUCUGGGGCAUGAUGACACUGGGCGGCCUGUUUGGCUUCGCCAUCGGCUAUGUAACAGGACUGCAGAUCAAGUUCACCAGUCCCCUGACCCACAACGUGUCCGGCACAGCCAAAGCCUGUGCCCAGACGGUGCUGGCCGUCCUCUACUACGAGGAGACGAAGAGCUUCCUCUGGUGGAUGAGCAACAUGAUGGUGCUGGGAGGCUCCUCCGCCUAUACCUGGGUCAGGGGCUGGGAGAUGAAAAGGAUUCAGGAGGAGCCCCGCCCCAAGGAGGACGAGAAGAGUAACGUGGAAGUGUGAGCUUCUCCGGAGACCCUGCAAUGGCCCGGCCCAGCCCAGGGAGAGUGCCCAUGAAUGAAGUGAAGGUGCCUCUCUGGACCCAGAGACAGUGGCCUUACAGACCUGAUGGGAAUCUGGUGGUUGAAAUGGAACCGGUGUUUCCAAGUGAUGUCAGAAAGUUGCCAAACCUGUCUCGACCCCCUUUCCUAUUUCUGGGUUUUUGUCCUCCCCUAGGGAGGAGGGACCCCCAUGGGAAGAGCCAGGUGGGUUCUCUGGAAGAGCACCAGCUCUCUGGGAGUAGGAGAGGGACAGCACCCCUUCCUGUCCCCCUGCCAGGGCCUCCUACCUCCACAUGACCUUUGGGGUUGGGGACAGACCACAACCUUUAAGGGACAGUAUUGGCAAAGCCAUUACGUCUUCACUUGGACUCAGGGGAGAUGGGGGUGUGACCCCACCACAGGCUUAGGAUCUGGGAAACCUCACACCUCUGUGCCCCGGGGCAGGCAGCAUAGCUUUGGCCCACCCCAAACCAGCCUUCUUUUGGAGGAAAGUGUAGGCUGGGCUGAGGGAGGAAAUGAACAAACAUUCUCUCUUCUCUGCAUUGAGACCCGCAGCCCCCGCCCGUGCAAGGGGGUGAAGGAUCCGUGGUACCGAGCCUGGCCCGGGCCCCUGCUCAUUAACACCCUCCCGCAGUCGCUAAGACCGGUUUUGCCCGCCUCACUCCCCUGCCCCUGAGGGGCAGCUGCCACCUGGCACAAACAACUACCUGGCUCAGGUAACUGCCCCCCAGAAGUGGAGGCAGGGAGCCACUUUGGCUUCUCCCAACUCUGCCUGUGCAGGGCAUGCUGAUGGAGCCAGGGUCAGCUCAGAGCCAUCCACCUAAGCUGUGCUGGGCCCCCCAAGAUCCAGGUCCCUGCAGGGCAGGUGUUGUAACCUGAUCUUGAUGAAGGUGUUAAGCUAACAAUUACAAACUUCCCUGAGUUUGGGGCCGAAAGAAUCUUCCCUUCCCCUCACCACACCCUCCGGGCCUGAGGGUGGCUUUCACAACUCCUGUCCCUCUGUUGGGUGUUUUGUUCCACCAAGUGGAACAAAACUCCUUGGGGUAACUCCUGAUGUUUUCAGCACCUAUAACGAAAGGCUGGGGAGAGUGGGGCUUCUCACGACUACUCUCUUCCAGUCCCCGCACAAUCCCAGGUGGUUUCUAAUAAAGUUGGUGGGGCCUGA